CAGGCCCAAGCGCCCAUGGAUCCCAAGCCCGACGCCAGCGCGCCCGCCGCGGUGCCAGCGGAGCACGCGGCGUACCCGAGGCUGUCACCGGAGGACAUCGCCCCGCCGCCGCCGCCUGUCGUGCCGCCGUCCGGCGCCAACCCCUACGUGCUCUCCGCCCCGUCGCCUAACCCGCCCGCCAAGAGCGCUAGGGAGAAUCUGAGGGAGAUGUUCGGCAUGGUGGGGAAGAAGUUCAACGAGGCCGCGCGCAAGACCGAGGGCAUCGCCGGCGACGUCUGGCAGCAUCUGAAAACUGGACCCAGCAUCACUGAUACUGCCAUGGGGAGGAUUGCUCAGAUAUCCAAGGUUAUAUCUGAGGGUGGCUACGACAAGAUAUUUCAGCAGACUUUUGAGUGCUCGCCUGAUGAGAAGCUCAACAAGGCAUAUGUGUGCUACCUAUCAACGUCGCAUGGACCAAUCAUGGGCGUCCUGUAUCUCUCGACUGUCAAGAUUGCAUUCGGUAGCGACAGCCCUGUGAAAUAUGUGACUGAGGACAACAAAACUGAGUCAUCCUUUUAUAAGGUUGUUUUACCCCUUCAUCACCUGAGAUCAGUUACUCCCACAGCAAGUCAGCAAAACCCUGCAGAGAGGUACAUUCAGGUCGUUUCAGUCGACAACCACGAGUUCUGGUUCAUGGGUUUCGUGAACUAUGAUAGCGCUGUAAAGAAUCUUCAGGAGUCUGUUCGAGUUGUUCACGGGGCCUAGAGGUUGCCCAUCACUUUUCCUCUAUGUGGAUGUAGUAUGCCCGUGUAAAUGUAUUUGUGCAUGGCACCUGUAAAGUUGUGUGUUGAAAUUGGUACACAUCAUUAAGGCUAUGUUUGUUUCUCUCCUAAAUUAUAUAAGUUGGAUUAUAAUGAAAAGAUAGUAGAGUAAAUUAUCACUUUGAUAUCAUAAAUAAGUUAAAAUAAACUACUUAAUGCUAGCUUAUUUUAACUUAUUUGUAGUUCUAAAGUGAUGUUUUACUCUUCUACCUUUCCACCAUAACCCAACUUAUACAAUCUAAAGAGAAACAAACACACCCUAAGCAGUGCAUUCAGAUCUGUGGCAUGUGAAUGUUUUUGGAUAAAUGUGUAAAUCUCUACUACUUAUUAAGGCUGUAAGGGUAGCCUGCUGUUC